GCUUACGUACGGGCAAUGACUGAGAAAAGGAUCGUCAUAACAGAAUUUGGCACCUGUGCUUUCCCAGACCCCUGCAAGAAUAUAUUUUCCAGGUUUUUUUCUUACUUUCGAGGAGUGGAGGUUACUGACAAUGCCCUUGUUAAUAUCUACCCAGUGGGGGAAGAUUACUAUGCCUGCACAGAGACCAACUUCAUUACAAAGAUUAAUCCCGAGACCUUGGAGACAAUUAAGCAGGUUGAUCUUUGCAACUAUGUCUCAGUCAAUGGAGCCACUGCUCACCCCCACGUUGAAAAUGAUGGGACUGUUUACAAUAUUGGUAAUUGCUUUGGGAAAAAUUUUUCAAUUGCCUACAAUAUUGUAAAGAUCCCUCCACUACAAGCAGACAAGGAAGAUCCAAUAAGCAAGUCAGAGAUCGUUGUACAAUUCCCCUGCAGUGACCGAUUCAAGCCAUCUUACGUCCAUAGUUUUGGUUUGACUCCCAACUAUAUUGUUUUUGUGGAGACACCAGUCAAAAUUAACCUGUUCAAGUUUCUUUCUUCAUGGAGUCUUUGGGGAGCCAACUACAUGGAUUGUUUUGAGUCCAAUGAAACCAUGGGGGUUUGGCUUCAUAUUGCUGACAGAAAAAGAAAAAAGUAUAUCAAUAAUAAAUACAGGACAUCUCCUUUUAACCUCUUCCAUCACAUCAAUACCUAUGAAGACAGUGAGUUUCUGAUUGUGGAUCUCUGUUGCUGGAAAGGAUUUGAAUUUGUUUAUAAUUACUUAUAUUUAGCCAAUUUACGUGAGAACUGGGAAGAGGUGAAAAGAAAUGCCAGAAAGGCUCCCCAGCCUGAAGUUAGGAGAUACGUACUUCCUUUGAAUACUGACAAGGCUGACACAGGCAAGAAUUUAGUCACACUCCCCAACACAACUGCCACUGCAAUUCUGUGCAGUGACGAGACCAUCUGGCUGGAACCUGAAGUUCUCUUUUCAGGGCCUCGCCAAGCAUUUGAAUUUCCUCAAAUCAACUACCAGAAGUAUGGUGGGAAACCUUACACAUACGCAUAUGGACUUGGCUUGAAUCACUUUGUUCCAGACAGGCUCUGUAAGCUGAAUGUCAAAACUAAAGAAACUUGGGUAUGGCAAGAACCUGAUUCAUACCCCUCAGAACCCAUCUUUGUUUCUCACCCAGAUGCCUUGGAGGAAGAUGACGGUGUAGUUCUGAGUGUGGUGGUGAGCCCUGGGGCAGGUCAAAAGCCUGCUUAUCUCCUAAUUCUGAAUGCCAAGGACUUGAGUGAAGUUGCCAGGGCUGAAGUGGAGAUUAACAUCCCUGUCACCUUUCAUGGACUGUUCAAAAAAUCCUGAGCACAU